AUGGAACACGACAACGGGUCGGCACCGUUUGACGGCGUUGACUACGACAUGUAUGAGGACACGAAUAGUACCGUUGCAUAUGCUGUCGAGCUGGCGAUGAAGGACAAUGAAGACUGGCUGGUGGAGAGGGCGCUGGAGCGGAUUCGACGUGCUCAUUCUGAAGGGCACAAGAACGUUACAUUUUCCAAACGGGAGCUCGAUGCACUGGAGCGCAGGCGAUUACAGGCAGCUUCAGAAUCAGUCGAGAGUCAACAUCUCCAGGUGCUUGGAAGCGGAGCCGAUGUUGCACCUUCGGCGCCAUAUCCUUUAGAUACCAAUGUCUAUGGUGCUCGGGCUGGGACAACGAGCGCCUCUGUCAGUCCGCAGUCGUCAACGACUACGCUUCGAUCGCCCCUUCAACCUCCUUUCGCCGGUUCUUUGAGUCGCCCGUCGGUGUUCCUUGCGCCCCCCGCAGUACCUCGUACCCAUCCAGAUGAGUAUCAGCGGAUACCUCCGUAUCAAGCGACGUACUCGCGAGAUAUUGGCCAAGACCUGCACAGUCCUGUUGAACCUCAACGUGGACCUCUGACACGUCUCGUGCAGAGGCCGUAUAACAACGUUCCGCCGCACGCCUUGCAUGUUUCAUCCGACCUUGCAGCAUUGGCAGCUAAGUCUGUUAUCAGCAGAGAGAGCGACAGCGGUGAAAACAGUCCACGUAAACGAAGCCCAGCCAAUAGUGCCGACGAGAUUCCAAUGGUGGAGGUCAUCGAACACAAGAUACCCAGUUCUCCUUCUCGUAUCCUUGGGGCAGGCAGUCGCCAACGCCCGAGCCGACCUUGA